UCCAUUUAAAAAAACUUUCUUUUGAAAAAUACAUAUUAUUUUAAGGCCACAGAAAAAUGUAUUACUUAUAAAAUUAUAGCAAUAAAUUCUUGUAUUACGUGCAUGACAUCAUUCUUGAAUCUCUUUAUGAAGUUUACUUGUUUACGCCUUAUAUGCUGGAUGUUUGAGCUAUGUCAUUUUGCAUGACAGUUACUAAUGCCUGCAGGUGAAGAUAGACACCGAAAAGCCACUAAAGCUAAUACUAAAUCCAAGGCCAGUGCAGAUGGUGAUAAAAAAGCCUCGGGGUUUCCAAGAACAAAACAUGGAGUAGAAAAUCAUAAGGAUGCCGAAAGCAAUGAAAGGAAAAAUAGGAUAACAUCAAAAGUAAAAGAAACGAGUGAAGGAAGAACUAGUGCAAAUCUACGAAAGAUAAAAAGCAUAAAAGAAGAUGAUGAUGACGACGAUGACGAUGACGAUGAAGAUGAUGACGACGACGACGACGACGACGACGAUGAUGAUGAUGACGACGAUGAUGAUGACGAUGAUGACGACGAUGACGAUGAUGACGAUGACGAUGACGAUGAUGAUGAAGACGACGACGAUGACAAUGACAAUAUUAUCAAAGGUGAGAAAUAUAAAACGUCUAAAUCUAAAGUGAAACCCAAAAACAUUGGCCAAGCUACUUGGAAAUCAAUUGGAGGUUUAAAAAUAAGAUACCCGGGAAAUAAAUUAGGAAGCAAUGUUGUAAAAUCUAAAAAUAACAAAAAAGACAUUGACGAUGACAAUGACGAUGAGGACGAUGACGACGACGAUGACGACGAUGACGACGAUGACGAUGAUGACGACGACGAUGACGACGAUGAUGACGAUGACGACGAUGACGACGAUGACGACGAUGACGACGAUGACGACGAUGACGACGAUGACGACGACGACGAUGACAACGAUAAAGACGAUGACGACGAAGAUGAUAAUGACGCGUCUUCAAAAUUAAAAAAGAUAUCGAAAAAUUCUGCUAGUAGAGCUACUUGGAAAACAGUUGGAGGGUUGAAAAUUAGGUAUCCUGGUAAUAAAUUGGGCAAAAAAUCAAUAAAAAACCGUAAAGAUGAUGACGAGGAAGACGAUGACCAGGACGAUGACGAGAAUGACGAUGAUGAUGAUGAGGACGAUGAUGAUGAUGAUGACGAUAAUGACAACAAAGAUGAUGAUGAUGAUGAAGGCGACAAAAAAGAAAAAAACAAAAGAAGAAAAGCAGGAAACAGGGUGGGUAGUAAAGUUCGUUAUAAAUCAGAUGAUGACGACGACAAUGAUGAUGAUGACGAAGACGAUGAUGAUGAUGACGAUGAUGACGACGAUGAUGAUAUAGGUUUUUUUGGUAGAAUAAAGCAAAUGUUCACAGGUAAUACGUAGCGUUGAUCGUCCCUAGAGGUGACCCUGCACGGAGGCACGGAUCCAGUACCCAAGUCACACAUCUGCAUGGUCGAACGGAAUCCGCAUGGGUCCUUAUUCUUAAGCUGUCGCCUGCAGUCAUUCGCGAACGCUUUCCAGAUUAAACUUUUUCAAUCUUAUACUUACUAACAAUUCAUCUAGAAUUAAUAGCGCAUAACAAACAAGCGCAUAAAUAUAAAUAUGCACAGUUUUAACUAGCAGUUGACUAAAAUCAUUGUAAUUUAAUUAAUACGGGUAUAAA